AUGGAACACCAGCAAACAUCCUAUAACUUGGAUUUCAAUAAUACCUCUACCUUUUCCAACCACUACAAACCUAUACGAUAUCUAAUAAACUAUUUUGCAGGAUUAGAAGCGGACAAUUAUGUAACUUUUGAACAACAGAAACUAAAAACUAUCAAAGAUCUAGACAAUUAUUAUCUGAAUAAAAUUUCUUAUGAUCGGAAUUCAAGAAAAAACAGUGCAAUAAGUAAUAAUUCCUCAACAUUCUCCAAUCUGUCAACAACUUCGUCCAACAUUGAUCCUGCCAUCUUUGAGGAAAAUAUUUUAAAGGGUAUUUUAGCUAACGUACAUAUUUCUCAUACAAAACCGAAUUCAACUUUACAGAGUAUAUACGAAACUUUGGAUGAAAGUACAAAGUCUUCAUUACAAUUAAAUACGAAAUUUUAUUUGAAUUAUUAUAGCAAAUUAAAAAAUCGUUCUGAAAAUCUGGCAGAGCACCAACUAAGUCAUAAUUUAUGGACACCAAUUACAUAUAAUAAAGAAGCUUUUUUUGAUAAAGCCAAAGAAGAUGCCGUUAGUGUCAAUAAUUUACCCGAGAUAACUUUGGAGACAACAUAUUCGUUAUUCAGUAAAAAUAAAUUACUUAGCUAUAAGGUGGACAAUGUUUUUGGUGGGUGUACCUAUUUGCCAACUUUAGUUGGCGAGAAAAAGUUACCUUCAUUGGUUUAUCAUUCUGCUGUAGAAUUACGCGAUAAAAUUUUCAUUUUUGGCGGUUUACGCCCGAUAUAUGAGUACUCACACCUAGUGGAUGAGGAACCAAAUUUUUUAAAAAAGUAUUACGUAGAUGGCGUUAAAAAUUUACCUAAACCUUUGGAUCCUGAAAUUGUUAAUAAUCCAUCGUUAAUUGGAAACAAUAAAAUAUAUGUAUUUGACUCAAACACAAAUUACUGCAAAAAGGUGACGCCAAAGGGGACAAUACCGCCUCCCCUAAUUUGUUUAACUGGUUCCAAGUUGACUGAACGCCAUAUUUUUUAUUAUGGUGGUUUGGAAAUUAUUACAGAGAGUAAAGUCAAUCCUGUCACUGGCAAUUUUUUCUUAAAAGUAAGAUCGUUGAUCAACAAUACAGGCUAUAUUUUAGACACUUAUACAUACAACUUUACUAAGAUCGAAUUGGUCGCUGAACCAACACAAUAUUUUUCUUAUCCCACCACAGUCCCUAGAUUCGGCCACACUCAAGUCAGCAUCAAGAAUAAUCUUGGUAAUAAUAAUAAUGGCAACUCCUUUUAUUCACAAACUACCGGUUUUCAGCGUCCCUUAUCUCCAUUACACACGCCUCAAGAUAAUUAUAUUAAUGGCAAUAAUAAUGGCAAUAACAAUGGCAAUAACAAUGGCAAUAACAAUGGCAAUAACAAUGGCAAUAACAAUGGAAAAGUGCAUAUCGCAUUGACACUAUACAUUAUGGGCGGCUACAAACAAGUACAAGACCGUUAUGAACCUUUAAACGAUAUAUGGGCAGUUAGGAUACCUGUCGUUAGCCGCGGGAGAAAAUUUUAUUACAAAUUUGCGGAAACAGCUAUUGCGACAAUGUUCCCAUAUACAUCAAAUGAAGAUAAUUGGCCACCGGCAAGGGGUUUCCACGCUUCUCAAGCAGUAAAUAAAAAAUAUUUGUAUGAUACAGAGCUCAGUAAAAACAUAUUGAAAAAGUUGGAGGAAAAAUUUACCAUGAUAAAUCUAUUUCAUACUGGAACUGAUUCGACAACAGGCAGUAUAAAAAGUCACAAGAAGGGGGUAGAUGUCAGUGAAUUUAAUAUGAAUACUUCAUCUUAUGGAUCUAAAAAUUCAUUUAGCGAGGAGAGCAGCGAGGACAACUUGGAUCAGGAUGAUACUGAUAGCUCAGCGAUAAUUAUACAAGGUGGCACUAACACCGAAACCACCUUAGGCGAUUUGUGGGUGUUUGAUGUGAAUACCGGGAAGUGGACAGAGAUUCAAAUUCAUUGUCAUGAUAAAAAUAAGGGUACUUUAUCGAAUAUAGAUUUCAAGAUUUCAGCACACAGUAUAUUUUCUAUUGGUGAGUAUCUUAUAGUAUUUGGUGGUUUAAGGGACGAAUUUAAAAAUUAUGAGUCGACAAAUGUGAUAAAUUCUUUGUUGGGUGUUAUCCAUUUGCCAACAAGAACAAUAAAAAAUAUAAAUUCACUGGAUACAGUUGUUCAGAACACAGAUUAUUUACAGAUAAUGGCACCCGCCGUCUACGCCAGUGAUGUUUUUUUCUAUGUGGGUGGUGUUUUUGUGUAUAACAUAGCCAAAAAAGACAAGGAAGACGAUAAUAAGGGCGGAUAUACAAAAUAUGAACAGAAACAGUUCUUGAAUGGAGGAUUGGUGGCUAUGAUAGUUCCUACGGUUUCUCCUAAAAGAGAUUAA